AUGUUCAUCCAGACCCUCCUUCCUUUGCUUCUUGCUCCGUUGAUCGCGGCGUCGCCUACGGGUAUCGACCGUCGUCAGUUUAUCUCGGCCAAUGACUUGACCGACGGAAACUGCAAGGAUACCAUGUUUAUCUUUGCUCGUGGAUCAACUGAAGUCGGCAACAUGGGUACCGUUGUUGGCCCGGAAGUCUGCGAUGAUCUGAAACUCAAGUUGGGAGGUCAGUUGGGCUGCCAGGGUGUCGGUGGUGCCUACACUGCUGGCCUGGGCACGAACUUCCUUCCCAAGAAUACCUCGCCUGCGGAUAUCGAAGCUGCCGUGAACAUGUUCAACGAGUGCAACACCAAAUGCCCCAAUGCGAAGAUUGUCGCCGGUGGAUACAGUCAAGGAACUGCUGUCAUGGAUGGUGCGAUCCAGAAGCUGUCUACCGAAGUGAGAGACAAGGUGAAGGGUGUGGUCUUGUUCGGUUUCACACGUAACAAGCAGGACGGUGGCAGAAUUCCUGGAUACCCCACUGAUCAGACCAAGGUCUACUGUGCUCUUGGUGACGAGGUCUGUGAUGGAACUCUUAUCAUCACUGCGGCUCACUUGACCUACGGUGACGAUGCUAGCUCUGCUGCAACCUUCCUGGCCUCGAAGGUUCAAUGA